AGAAAUAAAAGAGAGAGAAUAAAGUUCUUUCAACCCAAUUUAGCCCCAAAAUUAUCACGAAAUUUUAGUUUAGCCUCAAAACUCAAAGGGAAUUACCCAGCCGAACCCCACUUCCUGUUAAACGAUUCGAUUACGUUCUACCACUCUCUGCACAGCAAAUUCAACUUCUUUGCACCUUCAGGGACCGAAUUCUGCUUCCAAAUUGGGCCAAUUUCCACCAAUUUGACUCAGUUCCAUCCAUACGAUGUCUAUCAGCUAGGAACGAUUGGCGGCACUCGGGGUCUCGAUGCUGGCUUUUACUAGGGAUUCGUUUGGGUAUUUGUAUUGAAAUUGGGUUCGGUGGAGUCAUGGAAUUCGGAAUUUCUGACAGUAGUGGUGGAUGUUGGGGAAAUGUGAUGGGUAGUAAACUCUCCAAUUGGACGUGGGACUUCUUAAGUAAGAGUUUUUGGUGGUUUAAGGAUUUUUACGAGUUUAAUUCAAGGAACAGAUGAUGACCUUCCUCCUUCACAUCAAAAUAGAUUUCAAAGAGCAGGCCACGCUGCUGGUAAUGGAAGAUCUCAAGUUGGUGGUUCUGCUCCUUUACCUAGGAUGCAUGCUGAUAUGGAAACCCAGAUCCACCACAUUGAACAAGAAGCAUAUUCUUCAGUCCUUCGGGCCUUCAAAGCUCAAUCUGAUGCAAUCACUUGGGACAAGGAAAGUUUGAUUACGGAACUUAGAAAGGAGCUCAGAGUGUCAGAUGAGGAACACAGAGAGCUUCUAUCCCAAGUUAAUGCUGAUGACAUAAUCCGGAAGAUAAGGGAAUGGAGGAAGGCAAGAGGGCUCCAACCUGGCAUGCUCAAUGUUACUCAGCCUGUUCACGAUCCCACACCUAGUCCUACAGUUUCAGCAUCAUGCAAGAAACCAAAAACAUCACAAUCUGUAGCUCCCUUAUCCCUCGGUGGGCCAUCUCCUGCAAUGCAUCCAUCUGUGCAACCAUCUUUAUCGGCCUUGAGACGAGGUCCUCCUCCAGGAGCAAGGAAUAAGAAGCCAAAAUCAUCCAUGCAGUAUCCUUCUACUGGUCUUACAGGAAGGGCCCAGGUUGGUAAUCGUGGUUCUUCAGGUACCCUUGAGAGAAAUGGACCUACUGAGACUGCAACCUAUGAUCCAUGGAUUGGUAGAAAAGUAUGGACAAGGUGGCCUGAAGACAACCACUUUUAUGAGGCAGUUAUAACUGAUUACAAUCGUGUUGAGGGCCGACAUGCUCUGGUGUAUGAUAUUAAUACUGCAGAUGAAACUUGGGAGUGGGUCAAUCUGAAAGAGAUAUCUCCUGAAGAUAUUAGGUGGGAAGGUGAGAAUCCUGGAGUUUCAAGUAAGAGUGGCCACCCUGGACCAGGCCGGGGGGUAAAGAGAUCCAUUCCACGUGGUGGUGCAGUUGCCGGUGCAGGAAGAGGUAGAGGAUCAAAGGGCCGGUCCCAAAACCACUUUCCCUUAUCACAGAAUGGAAUUGGGAAGAAGGCAAUGUGUGAUAUUGAAAUAGUUCACACGGAUACACUUAUCAAGGAGGUAGAAAAAGUUUUUGGUGCUAAUCAUCCCGAUCCCUUGGAGAUAGAGAAAGCUAAAACAGUGCUGAAAGAGCACGAGCAAGCCCUUGUUGAUGCAAUUGAAAGGCUUGAAGAUGCAUCUGACGGUGAAAGUGCUCUUACGUUCCCCUUUGGCUUCCAAGCAGAUGGAGAACAUCGUUUCUUGCAGGGGCAGUCGACAGAACAAGGAUGAGGAAAACCGCAACAUGAUGCAACUGGUGAGAGUAGAGUAGUUGAAAGUCCUAAUGGGGAUAACAUUGGAUAGAGAGGGUAGAGUCGCAUACAUGAUCCACAAGAAUAUGCCCAUGACAUACAGUUUAAUUCAGCACCUAUGUAUGUAUACAUGUAGCAUGCCGUGCAAUGUAAAAAUCACCCAAAGUUUUAUGCUUGGCUUGUGGUCUAUUGGUUAGAAAAUUAGGCUUGGUUAUUUUGUUAGUUUAACUUGGCUGGGAAAAUGCUUGUGUAAGAUGACUUCACCAUGUAAAUAUUAUUUUGAUAAUGCAUGCUAUUCUCUCU